GAAGUCAGCUGUUUAUCGUUGGGCGCGCAAAUUGUGCGGCGUGCGUUUUUUUGUUGUUGUUUUGUAAUAACUGUUUUUAUGUAGUUAAUUGUGCCGAAAAAUGUUGAAUUUAAAUUGCGUUAUUUGCGCUGAGUUGUUUGGACAGGCGGACGAGGUGUUUGCCACUGUUUGUGGGCACAUGUUCCACCACAGUUGUCUCAAUCAAUGGCUCGAUCGCUCAAAAACCUGUCCCCAGUGCCGAAACAAAUGCACAACCCGAAACAUCUUUAGGGUUUACUUUAAUCUAGCCAACUUGGAUGUGAGCCGAAUCGAUGUGGGCUCCUUGCAGGAGCAACUGGACAACGCCAAGUUGUCCAUGAAGAUGAUCGAAAAGGAGCGCAGCAAGGACGAGCAGCAGAUGCGGACACUGAAAGAAACUCAAAAGAAGUGCCUCAAAACUAUCGCUGGUCUGGAACAAAAGGUGCAGAAGAAAGAUUUCCUUAUCAGCAGCUAUGCUGAGCAGAUCAGCAUCCUCAAGAGCGAUUCCUUGGUGGUCGAUGGGCUGCGCAAGGAAAACAAGUCCUUAAAAUCGCAGAUUCAGGCCAUGGAGGGCGUUUCGGCCAUUCUGGAGGCUGGCUCUGCUGAAGCCGAGCGCCUACUCAAGAACGAAGCCGAUCCCCACGUCCUGGCAAACUGGGUGUCCACACUAAAACGUGAGCUGCGCCAAUGCGAAAACAAGAAGUCGGAGCUUAGAAACGUGGUCAAACUUGUACAAAAUGAUCUGCGCAAAGAGAUCGAACUUAAGAGAAAGUUAGAGGAGCGAGUUUCCCACCUGGAGAGUGAUCUCUAUCAGGCACAGGAGAAGCUUCAAACUCUGGAGAGCAAGACUAUUUCUGUAAACUCCCCCGACACUUCUUAUGGUCUAAACAGCAACAUUAUGGCCUUAAAACGGGAGGAAAGGCGGUCCACCAUAUCGCCCACAGUUAAGGAGAAUAUAAAACGUAUUGAAGAGUCAACUUCGCCGUAUCUCAACAUCAAAUCCAGUAGCGUGGGGUUGGUCCAUCUUCUCAACACAAAGGGCAACAUUGGACUGGCCAAAACCACAAUAUCGCCCAUCAAGGGAGCCGGUGGUGUGAGUAUGACAACCGGAACUAUACGUAAAACCAAUAGUGAUCUCAGUACAAAGUACUCAAUAUUCAAAAAGCCACGCCUGCUGCUGGGCAGCUCGAGCAGCACCGGAUUGACGGCCACCACGAGUUCAAACUUUGUGUACAAUGGAAUGGGCGGCUCUGAAAAGGUGGAUCCUUUUGCACAGCGCGCCGAGGAGGAGGGUGUGGCGAACGGCCGACCCUCAUCCAUCCUUUCCCGGAAUGUGAACCAGCGCCUUAAAGCUGGUACGCUUCGCAAUUUCAACCUGGGCAAAUAAGUCCCCAGCCAUGUGAUUUUAAGAGACUGCCCCAGUUGGGUAUUAGCGUGCGAUUGCUAUUGAGGAUUGCCGAUUUUGUUAGUUAGCCAAUGCAUGGAUUAAGCUCUAAUAAUAAGUUAGCGGUUAAUAUAUAUAAAAAUACAAAAAGGCAAAUGUGCGACUAA